ACAGAGGAGCCAUUUGAGGACUUUGGCUGAGAUUUCCAGCAGUACAAUGGGUUUCCUGUGUUUAUUGAUCAUUGGGAUUCAUUUACAUGCCGUGACUUUCGCGCUUCCGUCGUCCUGGUGUAACGUGACGUCACCGUCAGGACCCAUUCCAGCCAACGCGCUUUAUUUCAACACCAAAAGUCGCUAUGAAGAGGUGAACCCUUAUCUCAUGUCUGACAUUUUGGCCAUCAAUGAGUCCUGGGUGAAACCUCCAUCUCCAGCAUGCAGAGCCGUCCACCUGAGCGCCAUCAUCAGGCACGGAACCCGGUACCCCACCUCAGGGAACAUCAAGAAGAUGAUCCAGUUCUCCAAGCUGGUGAAGAGCAGAGCUGACCUCAGCUGCGUCAAGGAGCUCCAGACCUGGAAGAUGUGGUAUAAGGAGGACAUGGAUGGACGGCUGGUGGAGAAAGGACGCUCAGAUCAUAGAUAUUUGGCUCGUAGGCUCAUUAAAUCGUUCCCGACGCUGAUAACGAAGGAGAACAUAGAAGAAGGACGAGUGAAGCUCAUCACCAGCUCCAAACACAGAUGUGUCAACAGCACGCUGGCUUUCAAACACGGAGUCAUGGAGGGUCUCUGCAUUCAAGGUGUGGAUUUGCCGCACACCAUUAAUGACGAGCUGAUGCGUUUUUUCGAUCAAUGUCGGCGUUUGUUGGAGACGGUGGAGAACAACAAAGAUGCCGUGAAGGAGGUGGAGCUUUUUAAGAACGGCCCGGAGAUGAAGAGAGUUCAGGAGAAACUCGCCGAUCGAUUACAGCUCCCUUACAGCAACGUCACUGCAGAUUCGGUGGAGACGGUGUUUUAUCUGUGUGCGUACGAGUUCACCAUCCGCGGCCUGAACUCGCCCUGGUGUCGGUUACUCGAUGACGCAGAUGGACAGGUGAUGGAGUACUCGGGGGAUCUGAAGCAGUUUUGGAAACGUGGUUUUGGUCACGACAUUAACAGUAAAGCGAGCUGCAUUCUCUUCCACGAUCUGUUCAAACGCCUCGACGCGGCGGCCAAUCAGAUCAAGUCGGGUGGGCGUGUCUCGGAGGUGGUGAUGGUGCAGGUGGGCCACGCUGAGACGUUACUGCCGCUGCUCACACUCCUGGACCUGUUUAAAGACGACGUUCCUCUCACCUCCUCCAACUUCGCCUCUCACCGCGGGCGAGCGUUCCGCACCGGCGCGAUCGUACCGUACGCCGCCAACCUCCUGAUGACGCUCUUCGACUGCCCGGACGGCCUCCGGCUGCAGGCGCGGCUCAACGAGCGACCUUUGACCCUGCCGGGCCUCGAUGACCUUUCACCUCUGUACCAGGAUGUGAGAAAACGAUACGAACAGCUGCUGCAAGGAUGCGACCAGGACACGGUGUGCAUGAUGGACAGCUCGAAAAAUUAGAAAGAUUAAAAAUGAAAAGUGUAAAAUUACAGAGCAGUCCUGUGUUUGAAUAAAACAUUUCACUCUCUA